AUGGCGUUGCCACACGUUGAGGCGCGACAGUUGGAAAUGUUUUUACCGAAAGUUAACGAGCACAACAGGUUGGAAUUGGAUCUUCUAGAUGCACACUUGUUUGCAUUUCCUGAAGAAAUAUGUGAGACGAGCGGACUGGAGGUAUUGAAACUUUGUACAGACCACAUACACUCUAUACCCGAAGGCAUUGCCAAACUGAGGAAACUAGAAGAACUUUAUUUGCAUACAAGUGAUUACCACAAUUCCAGAACUUCCUACUUCUCAUGGCGGCUUGCAGCCAUUGGUGUCCAGGAGGUCCCAACUGUUGUUUCUCUUCUUCCAUGUCUCAAGGUUUUGUCUGUGUGUGGUAACCGUCGCAAUCCAUUGCUGUUUGAUGAGCUAAUGUCAUGUCAACUGCCCAGUACUCUUGUGGAAGUGGAAAUGGUGGCAUGUGGUUUGGCACAAGCAACUUUGUCUAUGAUCUGCAACAAUGUGAAACUGUGCAAAUUUGGGAGCUGGGAUGAAGUCAAAAUUGAGGAAGUCGACAUAUCAGGAACUUCAGUCACUCAUCUUCCUAAGGAAUUUGUCUUUAGCUCCAAACUUAAGAAAUUGAGCGUUUAUGGAUGCCCAUUAGUGUUUCCACCCAUUGAAGUGUGCAACCAAGGCAUUCGUGUUAUAAGAGAAUAUUUCCGUGAGCUGGAUAAGGUGGGUGGAGUGCGACGUGCCAGAAUAAAGAUUCUAGUGAUGGGAACUACAAUGGCAGGAAAAACAAGCUUCGUUGAAGCACUGGAGAGUGGUAAACCAUUUCUGGCAGAAGCCGAUAAGAGAACUAUAGGGGUAGUAGAAAAAGUGAUGAAGCUGGAUGAUAAAAUAGAAUGCAAACUCCUUGACAGUGGUGGCCAUAGAGCGUACAUGCUAACUAACCAGCUGUUCAUCAGUGACAAUUCAUUGGUAUUGAUUGUUGUUGACAGCAAUCAGUAUAAGUUUACUCAACAAUGUUUUCGACAAAAUAUUGCAGAUUUCCUGCAAGUCGUGUAUGACAGAAACAGCAGAGCUCACAUUGCUAUUGUUGUGAGUAAAGUUGAUCUGAUGGUCGACACGUCAAGAGAAGAAAUGAGUAGAAAGUGGAGUGAACAUCUGCACACUCGUCUACGUCAAUUCUUGAAGAUCAGACAAGCUGAGAUUGAUCGAAUGAAACGAAUCAUUGCAACUGGUGGUUCUCCAAAGAACAAAUACGUAUCAGAACGUCUUCACUUUUUUGACUUUCAGCGAAUAACUGUUGAAGAAAAUGUGCUAUUGACGAGUGCAGCUACACACGAGGGUGUGGUCAGUGUGAAGGUUCAUCUAAGAGAACUGUGUGGUAAUGAAAGGCUGAUGCCUUCACUGCACACAGAGCUGCCGUCAUCAUGGGUAACUGUAGAAGACAAGUUGAUUACACGACAAGCUGACACGUCUGUCCCCAUUCUAGAUGUCUCUUAUGCAAUGCGACUGUGUGUAGAGCACGGACUGACAGAAGAAAGCUGUCGUGAGUUGCUAAACUACCUGAACCAGGUAGGAAGCAUUCUGUAUUACUCUCAUGACCCGACUUUAGCAGAAAUUCUCUUUCCUGUACCACCAUUUGUGGUCACUUUACUUAAGGCUGUUUUCAGACAUGAUCACGAAUCUUUAGAAUAUGAUGAUCGGUUUAUUGGGGUAGAUGUAGGUCUUCAGAAGUUUGAGGAGAUGAAAAGUGAUCUUGUUUUUAAUGGCAUUGCUAGGAUAUCUAUGCUGCUGGCACUGUGGAGUGAGUUCGAUCUUACUGCAGAUCGUCAUGUUGACGUGUUUAUUAAGCUUUUUCUUGCUCUCGACUUUGGUUAUCUAACUGGCUCAUCAGAUGAUGUAGUUCAGGAACUGGCACACGCUCUGGGAAGACGUCAGAUCACUUUAGCUCCGCCAAGUAGCACCAACCCGACAUCAGAUUCAUCUGGUCACACAAUAGAACAAAAUCGUCAUCAAGAGCAAACAGACAGUUGCCAAGUGAUUUCUAAGCUAAAACAACAUGAUGGUGGCUUGUUGUUGCCAUGGUUACUCAAUGAUGAGAAACCAGAGGAUGUUAGUGACCUUUGGCCUCUAGAUAUCCCACAUGGAGUCAUACAAGUUGCAGUGGAAUACUCAUUUGCAUAUGAACGUCCAUUGGGUUUGUUUGAACGACUGUCUGCUCGUUGCCAUCGUCACUCCAAUUUUAUUCGUCACUGGAGCAGUGGACUGCUGAUGUGUUAUGGUGCAGUGACUUUGCUUAUCAAUUGCAGCAAGAAUACUUCACGUGGCUCUAUAUGUCUCAGUGGUAGAGUAGUCAAGUCACAUCACAGUGUUGGCAGAUUGUGGCAUGUUCUUCUUCGUUGUGUGUCAGACAUGGAGGAUCUUCUCCGGUCUGUUCCUGGUGUUCUCCCUGAUAGAUUCAUCUACAGUGGAAGUUCUUCUACAAGUACAAAGUCUCCCCUCAAUCGAUGUAUCUAUUUGAUACCAGAUGAAACAUGGGGACCAUUUGCAGUAGACACUGUAGCUGGAAGAUGGAGUGCAGAGAUGGUAAAGCAUGAGCAAGCAAUAAAAGAAGUGUGUCCAAGUGUAAAGAAUGGCAUUCCUCUUUCUCAAGUCUUGUCCUCUACACAUGCAACUCCAGUAAAUCAAACGGAUCUCGACAAGAUAGCAGUAGAUAUUGGAGAGACCUGGCGUGACCUAAAAAGUAUCAUAUUUGGUUCUGACCAGUCUACGUUAUCAAAGCUACAGCAAAACAUUUCUGACUCCAGUUUUGACCAGCCACCGGCGUUCCGCAUAUUAAGUGAGUGGUUAGAGUUAAGAGGCAACCAACUGAUGGUAUGUGAAUUGUAUGAUGCUCUACUUGUUGCUCGCAUUCCAUCUGAACCUCAAAAGCAUUUGAGUUACUUGAUGUUGCCUGAUGCAGCAACUGAGAAGACGACUCCACCUGGUGACUCUGACAGGGUCACUCCACUCAUCAAAGAAAUAGUAGCCGAAAGUGUUGGACAUUGUUGGCAUGAACUAGGUAUAUACCUUGGUGUUUCAGAAGGAGUGCUAAGGGAAUGUGACCAACCAAUUUACAUGUUGAAAGCGAAAUCACGUAAAGUUUUGUCAGCCUGGACAGAUCAAAACCAACAUGCUACAGUUCAGCAGUUGUUGGUCGCUUGUGAUAAAGCUGGAGUGGGAGGAAUAGUCAGGAGAGAGAUUGAAUCUAAGCUUGGCACAAACUGA